AUGGCCGGCAACGCCAAAUCAGUGAUGGUUUCAUCAUACAGUCAUUCCCUUUCCACCGAAUCUAUCCGCUCUCUAUCAUUGAUUGAUCUAAAGUUUAUUUUCUGGUUAUCAGCCGAGACACGGCCAGGGCACCCCACCCCUACAGCGCCCCGCCAGUGGGACACCGAGACUAACGGGGACUGGGAGCUCAACGACCUCGAGCUUAACGGGGACUUGGAGCUCAACGACAUCGAGAUUAACGGAGCCUUGGUCAACAUGGCUCUCGGCCUAACCCCUACCACCGCCACAUCUCCUCGUGCUCCAACUACCACUGCCCCUCCUCGUCGUGUUCCAACCACCAACCCGCCUCAAUUGCCUCCCAUUUUCCCACUGCCACCCAUUCGUCUUUCAUCUCUAUACAACGCCACUCUCCCCCUCUCCAAUCCUCCCUUUCUUCCUCGUCCUCCACCACCAUCCCGCCGCCGCAACGGAAUGAUCAUCCUGAUACCUACAGCCCUUCCGCAAGAGCUGAGGGACAUCCAACUCGAUGCAGCUAUGACCCAAGAUGAUGACUCAACUUGA